AUGGUUCAAGAGGGAAUUUUCUUAGGUCACGUAGUUUCCAAGAAGGGGAUAGCAGUGGAUAAGGCAAAGGAAGUGUUGACCACAGCACCCAUCAUGCAACCUCCUGAUUGGAACUUACCUUUUGAAGUGAUGUGUGACGCAUCAAACUAUGCCAUUGGUGCAGUCCUUGGCCAACGAGGGAAUAAAAAGCCUGUUGUGAUCUACUAUGUAAGCAAGACCCUCUCCGAUGCUCAAUGGAAUAUUGGUAGACGAGAUAUGAUGCCCCUGAAUCCUAUUUUGGUUGUGGAGGUAUUUGAUGUGUGGGGUAUUGAUUUUAUGGGUCUAUUUCCCUCAUCUUUUGGCUUUGAAUAUAUCUUGCUUGCAGUGGAUUACGUGUCUAAAUGGGUAGAAGCCAUUGCCACUACGACCAAUGAUCACAAGGUGGUCAUCAACUUUGUUCAAUCGCACAUCUUUAGCCGUUUCGGUCAUCCGCAUUCCAUCAUCAGUGAUGGUGGCUUGCAUUUCACCAAUAGGCACUUUGGCUCACUAUUGAAGAAGUACUCAAUCAGCCAUCGAGUUGCCACACCUUAUCACCCUCAAACUAGUGGACAAGUGGAACGUGCUAAUAGGAAAAUUAAGACUAUCUUAGAGAAAAUGGUACAGCCCGAUCGUAAGGAUAGGUUGGUGCAUCUAGAUGAUGCACUUUGGGCCUAUCGAACCGCAUAUCAUACCCCUGUUGGCAUGUCCCCUUAUCGGUUAGUUUUUGAGAAAGCAUGUCAUUUACCUAUAGAACUUGAACAUAACGCAUAUUGGGCUACAAGGAAAUUCAAUUUUGAUAUGACCAUGGCUGGUGACCAUAGGAAACUCCAACUUUCAGAGUUAGAUAAGCUAAGACACGAAGCUUAUGAGAACUCUCGCAUCUCUAAAGAGAAGACUAAAGCUUUUCACGAUAAACACAUUGUUAGGAAGUCAUUUUAUCCUAAUCAAAAAGUGUGGCUCUUUAACUCUAAGCUUUGCCUCUUUUCGGGGAAGCUUCGGUCACGAUGA